CAAAUCAUUUGCAGUCAUCUUCAACACUCGAACAGCCAUGGAUCGUUGGGUCGGGAAAGUCGCCGUUGUAACUGGAGCGAGCUCAGGAAUCGGUGCCGCGAUUGUCGAGGGCCUCGUCGAGGCCGGAGUUCAGGUCGUGGGACUGGCGAGGCGUUUGGAAAAGCUGGAAGCUUUGGCGGCGAGCCUCGAAGGGACUCCGGGGAAGCUUUACCCGAGAAAGUGCGACGUCCGGAAGGAAGAAGAGCUGCUGGAUGCUUUCAAGUGGGUUAAGGCCGAGCUCGGGGGCGUCGACAUCCUCGUGAACAACGCCGGUAUCGCUAAUUCCAAGCAAAUCAUCGACGACAAUGUCGAUUCCUUCCGCGGUAUUCUCGAAGUGAAUGUACUCGCCAUGGCCAUAGCCAUUAGAGAAGCCGUCGCUUCGAUGAAGAGCCGUGACGUCGAAGGUUACAUCGUCAACAUCAAUAGUACCCGUGGUCACCCGAUAUCCCCGAACCCCAAUUUUCCAACGAGCAUGUACAUACCUAGUAAAUACGCCGUUACUGCACUGACUGCGACCGUGCGACAAGAACUCGCCGCUGAUCCCAACAACAAGAUUAAAAUAACGAGCAUCAGUCCCGGGUUCACUAAGACGGAUAUCGUUCACGCGUCAAACGUCCCGAAUGCUGAUAAUUUCUUCGAAUCAGUUCCCCACCUUGAUUCUAAGGAUAUUGCUAAUGCUACGCUCUACGUUCUGGGAACUCGGAAUGUUGUCCAGGUGACAGAAUUGACGGUACGUCCCACUGGUCAACUUCUUGAUUAGCAUUGUGUCCGAUAUGCAGAUCAUCGAUUAAAUCUAUAGAAUCGUAUCAUACAGUGUAAGAUGUUCUCGAAAAUAUAAAGAUUACAAAUGAUUGAAACUGA